AUGCGACCGUGUUCGGCUCUUAUCACAAAUAAGGCUCUCACUGAUAUUAUGUCAUCGCUGGCCAACUUUUUUGUGAUGCAACAAUUUGUUGGUGGCGAAAUGGUGCCACAUGGACCUUGUCGGAUUUUUGGAGACACGGCGUGUUAUGCGGGGUGAGUCAUUUCCUCAAGUUCGCUCAACCGAACAUUCAACACUUCCAGCCACAUGUUAAUGCUCAGCUUCCUGGAGCACAAUCUAAUCUGGCUCAUCGCCUGCUAUCUCUUUCGCUACUACAUUCUCUACGUCUGCGAUCCCAAAAUUAAAUCCAUCAUUUUGUCGGCAAUUAUGGUGUAUACACCAAGUCUUGUCCACGUGGCUUUGUGGGUUAGGGCAUAUCAUCAUAAUCAGAAUCAGAGCCCUGAUCCUCUUGAUCCGGCCCUUGAUCUUCUCAAUGCAACCAUCCCAAUCAAUAAUGCCCAGAUAGGACAAAAUCAACCGAGAAAUCCAAUAGUUUUCUGGUCCCUUUUUGUAUUCUUCGGUCAACUUGCGAUAACUGCAAUUCUCGUUGUGGCCUGCUAUUUAUGGAUUCGAAACGUCCUUCUGAACUUCUUGAUCGAAAUGGGAAUCCAAAUCUCCAGCGAAUGCAAAAUCCUCAAUCAACAACUAGUGAAAAUCCUAACUUUCCAAGUUUGUAUCCCAUUCUGGAUCAUUCUCGGCAUCGUAAUCUGGACCCUACAGUACUUUUUGAAUGUCCCAGGAUUCUUGGGCUACUGUUGCACUGUAUCAUUUAUGUUGGCGCCAGUGAUUUCACCAUUCAGUUAUAUUAUUUUUGUGCCACAUUAUUGGAAUUUUUGUAGCGGGAAGAAAACUGAAACAUCUUCGACUUCUUGUGAUACUGUGACAAAUAAUCAUAAUGACAGUAGUUGUCAGAAAAAUUUCUGA